UGGCCCGGCUUGGGCGCCGGAGGUUUCCGGUUCGCGGCCGCCGGCGGUGACGUCUCCUUGCUCCAGAGCUGCUGCUGGCGCCGCCGCCGCUCCCUAGUCAAGCUGCAGGUGGGCCCUGCGCCGUCCCCGCCUGUUCCCGGCCCGCGCCUGCACCCCCGUGGGCCCGCAGCCUGAUUCUGGGACUCUGAUCCGGGCCCGCGGCCUUCAGCUGGUUACCAGGACCGGAUCGGUGGCUGUGGGCAAGGGCGAUGCCCAGCCAGGCCUGCCCUGUUGCCUCGAUCCCAUGCUGGGGCGGAGCCGCUUCUCCAGCCCUUCCCCAGCACACCUGGGACCCGAGCGCCUCCUAGGACAGCUACUCCCAAGCAGUCCGGGCUGGGUUGGCUGCUGCUGGGCAGGAGGGGCUGACCCCGCCACACAGAGGAGGGGUUGACGUUCUGCAGACAGCGAGAGGAUCACCACGGCAGGAUGGCAGGAUCGGCAGGAUCGACACCUCGGCGACUCUGGCAGCCAAGCCCUGUCUGAACUCUGUCUGCUUGCCUACCUUGGGACUUUAUAGUCUUUGAGUCCCAGAUGCACGUAACUCAUCCAUCCACUGCCGGCCCUGUUGCCCAAUGCUCUAAGCCAUUCAUGUGGUGCCCUAGUAAGCCCAGGCCUCGUAUUUUACGGCGUUCAGAUUUUCACCUUUUUUUUUCUCUUCUCCUUUUAGGCCUGUGGAAAUCCAAUCAAGUCAUACACGAGUGGAGCGCGCUUGGCUGUUUUGUGCAAAAAGACGCUAUAGCCUAACCUACUAAAGCUUUCAUCCCUGCCAAGUCUUGCCAGAGAACUCAAACUCCAGGAAGGCUUUCUGCCAGGUCCCGAAGUUGUACUUUUAUGCACCACAGGGAACCAUCACCCAGCGUAUGCAAGUGGGUUUUAAGCUAUCCAGCGCAUCAGCAACUUCUGGGUGAUUCCAAGGAUUAAAGAGGUCUGCAGGUUGCUAUGUUAACGCUGCUUGUCUUUGGAGUGUUGCUUCAUGAAGUCCCGCUGAGCGGCCAGGUCGAGGCUCAUUCUGAGGCCGACAAUGAGCCUGGCAAAGCCCUGUAUGACUACUCCAGCCUCCGCCUCCCAGAGGAACACAUUCCCUUCUUCUUGCACAAUAACAGACAUGUUGCCUCUGUGUGCAGGGAGGAUCCCCACUGUCCAUAUAAGAAACACUUAGAAAAUCUAAACUACUGCUGGGGCUAUGAGGAAUCCUGCAGGCCAGAGUUUAGAUUCGGUUCCCCCGUUUGCAGCUAUGUUGACUUGGGAUGGACAGACACUCUGGAGUCAGCCCAGGACAUGUUCUGGAAACAAGCUGACUUUGGAUAUGCGCGAGAGCGGCUGGAGGAGAUCCGGGUAUUCUGCCAGCCAGAGAGAGCAAGCGACUCAAGCCUGGUUUGCUCUCGUUACCUUCAGUACUGUAGAGCUACUGGUCUAUACCUGUACUUAGGAAACGUCAAGAGAAACCAUGACAGGUUCAAGGAAGAUUUUCUUCAGGGUGGUGAAAUUGGAGGAUAUUGUAAACUUGACAGUCACGCACUGGUGUCUGAAGGUCAGCGCAAAAGCCCUCUGCAGUCUUGGUUUGCUGAGCUACAAGGCUACACUCAGCUCAACUUCAGGCCUAUAGAAGAUGCUAAAUGUGACAUUGUUGUGGAAAAACCAACGUAUUUCAUGAAAUUAGAUGCAGGUAUUAACAUGUACCACCACUUCUGUGACUUCCUGAAUCUCUACCUCACUCAACACGUCAACAAUUCCUUCAGCACAGAUGUGUACAUCGUCAUGUGGGACACCAGCUCUUAUGGAUAUGGUGACCUCUUCUCCGAUACCUGGAAAGCAUUCACUGACUAUGACGUCAUACAUUUGAAAACCUACGAUUCCAAAAAGGUGUGUUUUAAAGAAGCUGUGUUUUCAUUGCUGCCCCGCAUGCGGUAUGGGCUGUUCUAUAACACACCUCUGAUCUCUGGCUGUCAGAAUACUGGAUUAUUCAGGGCCUUCUCCCAGCACGUGCUGCAUAGGCUGAACAUCACUCAAGAGGGACCCAAGGAUGGCAAAGUUCGAGUUACUAUUCUUGCACGCAGCACAGAAUACCGGAAAAUCCUGAACCAAAAUGAGCUGGUAAAUGCACUGAAAACAGUAUCCACAUUUGACGUCCGGGUGGUUGACUACAAGUACAGAGAACUCGGGUUUUUAGAUCAGCUCAGGAUCACACACAACACGGACAUAUUUAUUGGCAUGCACGGAGCCGGCCUUACCCACUUGCUUUUCCUUCCGGACUGGGCUGCUGUGUUUGAGCUGUACAACUGUGAGGAUGAGCGCUGUUAUUUAGACCUGGCCAGGCUCAGAGGCAUCCACUACAUCACCUGGCGGAAGCCCAACAAAGUGUUUCCUCAAGAUAAGGGGCACCAUCCAACUCUGGGGGAACACCCGAAGUUUACCAACUACUCUUUUGAUGUAGAAGAAUUCAUGCACCUUGUCCUUCAAGCUGCAGAACAUGUACUGCAGCACCCACAGUGGCCAUUUAAGAAGAGACACGAUGAACUCUAGAAAUGACAAAAGUGUUGAAACACUCUCACAUUCAGACUCACAAUCAGAGGAGCAAAACAACCUGUCAUAUUCCUACUGUAAGAUGAAACAUGACUUUUUACUUCUGAAUAUAGCUCAGGCUGGCCUUGAACUAACGAUGAGCCUCUUGCUUGAGCCAACGGAGUGCUCAGCUUGCAGGUGUGUCCCACCACGCCUGUCUACGGAAUUACUUUUUGUAUAUGAAAACACACCUUCAGGACACUUUAAGUCUUCCGUGUGUUUAUUGUGUCUUUGCUAUUUAUCAAAAGUAUUUUUGCACUGAAAAAAUGUUACUUUUAUAGCUCAGAGUUGGGCAGAUGCCCAUUGAUGUGGCAGAGCUUUUCUGUUGGGAUACCAAAGGUGUCAACUUCGGCGACUUCAGAAUUGAUCACGUGUGUUUGUUAACUGUAAUGUGAUCAUAAUUCCAGAGUGUCACAGCUUGUUGUUUAUCUACUUGGAUAAGCUCAGAACUGUUGUUAUUUCACACACACACACACACACACGCGCGCGCGCGCGUAUCUAAGUUUGUGAUUCUCAGGACCAAGCUAUAGGAGUGUGUUAUAGACCAGGUUCCGUGCAUCAAGAGCCCGAAAAGGAUCAUGCUGUUGUUUUUAUUCAUUUUGUUUCUAUAUCUCAUUUCAAUCAUGCUCGCCCCAGAUGUAAUGUCAGUGUUGAUGAGAACCCAUCAGAACAGUCUGCAGUGCCAUCUCCAGUGACUUGGCAUGAAGACUUAGUUUCCAUCACGACCAGUGUUUGUGAGUGCACACAGCUGUGCGUAUCUACCUCUGGCCAGAUGUAAGUAACCCUAGUCUUUGUAAAACACUGCCAAGUAGCCACAUGAAUAGAAGACACUUUCCCUGUUUAUUGGUUUUUGUUUUUUAAAGGAAGACCAUUAAAAACACAGUAGACCUGUGAAUUAUCCAAUCCAAACAAAAUCCCCAAGAAAGUGGCACUGAGCAAACAGGAGGCUAACAGUGGGCCUCCCCUCCCCGGGACUGGCUCUGUAGUGCGUACAGCUCAGCAGUCAGAAACAAACGUGGGUUUGUUUUAUUGUACAGUGUGACACUUGUAUCUUAUCAACAUUUGAGGUGUCUCACUUAUAAGCUACUUUUAAUUUUACAAUGCACUUGGUAAAUCGCAGCCAAGAACUUCAUUUUUAAACUUUAGAGAAGCAACCUACAAAAUAAAAUAUUGGUAACUAACGCCUCCUCAGAGGUUUGCUGCCUUUUCCUUUCGGGGCCUGUCAAAAGACUUGUAGACGUUAUUUAUUAAAAUACCUUUCAAGGAAAUUGUGACCCUCUCUAGACAGGACUUCUCUUUAGGUCAUAAAAUUGUUUGGAAAAAUUUGUAACAUUAAUUGGAAAAAUUUGUAACAUUAAGAAUUGUUAAGGGGCCUGGAGAGAUGGCUCAGUGGUUAAGAGCACUGGCUGCUCUUGCAAAGGUUCUGAGUUCGAAUCCCAGCAACCACAUGGUGGCUUGCGAUCUGACCUCCUCUUCUGGGGUGUCUGAAGACAGCUACAGUGUCUUUACAUAUAAAUAAAAGAUAAAUUAAAAAAAUUGUUAAAUGGCAGGUUUGCUGCUGUUCUAGGUGCAGAAUACUAGGUAGGCGGGGGUGGGGGGUGGGGGAGGGGAGGGGAUGUUCCACUGGAAGGGGAGUGGAAAAGAUGGUUUUGCCCAGGUCAUCGAGGAUAAACAUCUGAAGACUGUUUCUGGAAAACCAUCCUCUUACCUCAUUUCAAGUAGCACAGGGACCUAUGCUUUCACAGACUCCUGAGUAUUGCAGAAACUGAGAAAAAUUUCACGCUGAAACUGUAUUUGAAUAUUUUGCAUUUAGAAUAUACUUUAUAUAAAGGCAGUCGUUUAAAAUUUUAAGUAAUGGGAUUAACUUUUUAUCAGACUUUUCAUGAGAGCAGAAGAUCUGCAAAUUGUUGUAAAUUUUAAAAUGUAGAUAUGGCACUUUUUAUUAAGUCUGUAAGGAGAUGCAUUUCAUUGUAUAUCUGGGGGUGUAGCUUUGGAAUAAAGUUUUCUAUAUUUCAUUUAAA